CGCUUUCCCUGGCUGAAACAGGCCGAUCCUUGCCAAUCCCAACCGUAAACUCCACAGUGACACCCCAGAUGUCCCCACUCAUGUGUUUUUCCACUCAUCUCUAUUCUCAACUUUCCAGUUCCUCCCACAUCUGCUCCAAAGUCUCCCAUGGUGUCGACUUCACCAAAUGGGGCACGUUCUAGACAGCCAUAAGUAGCAUCUGAGUAGACAACAGGAUACUACUUCCAGCACAUCAAACAACUGCCUGGCACUCAUUGAAAGCCCCAAAAGGCAUCGCUAUCUGAGCAAACACCAGAAAGAGAAGGGCUUUAGGGCACCACUACAGUGCCAUCAUGUCGACCACCCCCGACCCCUCCAUUCCACCUUCAAGGAUCCCAACCUACCCUCUGGCACACUCCUUCCGCCAAAAGCCCCGGCGUCUCCCACUCGUCCUGCGCUUCGCAAAAGGCUCCAUCCACAGCGCAAUCUACAUUCCCGUGGUCCUGCACUCUCUCUUCACCGCGCUCGUUGUCUACCUGGACACUUACCCUCACAUACACAUCAGCAUCCCCGCAACCAUCAUCCCCUCGCUCUCCAUCGUCGUGGGUUUGAUGCUGGUCUUCCGGAACUCGACGUCUUAUGAUAGAUUCUGGACGGGCCGGAACUGCGUGACCGCCGUUGGAACCAGCGUGCGGAACCUCGCGCGCAUAUUCCUCGUCAACUCGCAGGACCAACACGGCAAGAGUACGCCGGAGGAGAGGAAGGACACCGAGCGCACAGUCCGCGUCCUCAUCGCCGUACUCUACGCGAUCAAGCACAAUCUCCGUGCUGAGUUCAACAUCCCACCCGCCAGCCUCUUAAACACGUCUGCGCAGUUCAGUUUCUCGGGCGUAAGAGGUGCGAGUUCGAGACCAAUUUCACGGCCACUGAGUAGGAGACCGAGUUAUGUUGAUCGCGCCUUCAGUUUACCCGCGACACCUACACUGGACAAAGCUACACAGCACACGCCGCUGCUCAGUCAGUCGGCUGCUACGCUUGACAGUGUUCUGGAGAGUGAGGGCAGCAUGGCGACGAAGAAGGACGAUUAUGUGAGCUUGUUGCCGGAUGGGCUGAUGGGGUAUGAGGACCGCGGACUGGGGCUGCCGCUGCAGUUGAGUGUAUUGUUGGAGAGUUAUAUUACGAGGGCGUAUAAUCGGGGCUGGAUCAACGCGCCGCUGAGUAGCCAGAUGACGGUGCAGGUUAACAAUUUGGUGGAUGCGUACGGGAAGAUGGAAACUAUACGAACCACCCCCCUCCCCAUCGCGCACCUAAUCCACUCCGCCCAAGUCCUCCUCCUCUACAUCUCCAUCCUACCCUUCACCAUGGUCUCCUCUUACGGAUGGUACUCGAUCCCUAUAGUAGCGAUCGUCGCCUUCACGCUGUAUGGUAUCGAGGGCAUAGGCGUGCAGCUCGAGGACCCGUUUGGGUAUGACCGGAACGAUAUCAAGAUGGAUGGCAUUGUCGAGGACGCGAGGGCGGAGGUGGGUGUUUUGCUGGAGGAGUGGGUGAAUAAGGGGGAGGGGAGGGGGUAUGGAGGGAUGUUUUAG